AUGGCUCACUACCAGGAGGUGGACUACUGCUCGGAGGAGGUGAAGUCGGUGGCCGGCGGCCCUGCCGGCUUUGGUCGCCAUCAUGGCGGCCACGGCGGCGUCCAGCAGCACGUCGUCAAGGAGAAGUUCGAGGAGGUCGACAGCGUCUCACGCGCCGGCGGCCGCCACGGCCACUUGGAGGCCCGCGAGUCCAAGUUCGAGGAGGACGUCAACACCUGCACCGGCGAGUUCCACGAGCGCAAGGAGAACUUCGUCCUCAAGGCCGACAACUGA